AUAGGCCAAAAUCACAACCCAAGCCUCAACUCCCUGCUUCAUAUUUUGCUCUGCUCUCUUCGAUUUCUGCUUUCGUUUCUGUUUUCUGCUUUCACCAUUUCGCUGACACAUCCCAGAAAUGUAUGCACAAACCGACCUUUUCUUCCCUUACUUGCAAAACUUCUCUCAAGAUUUUCAGCAACUUGAAGAAUAUUGUAAAUCAAAUAAACCCUAUUCAUCUCUGAGCAACAGUGUCCAGCUCUCCACCAUAUCAGACUAUGACCUGGGAGGUGAAGGGGAUUUAUUCAAAGCUCCAGAGCCAAUCAUUGAAGAACCACUUGGGGAGCUUGAUCCCGUGACAUCAGCCAUUUCAAUGAUCUCCUGUGGUGAAGAUGUAAUCGCCACUGAAGGACUCAAGGUUGCAAAUAUUGACUCAAUUCACCAUGAACAACUUCUAAGUGAGGUUUUUUCCGAGUGGGAGAAGGAUCUCAGGGCAAAAGCAAUGAUUAAUGCACCACUUUCUGAGGUCCCUGAUAUCAAGGUUCCUGUUCUUGGGACUGAUGAAAGCCAAAUUCAAGAAAGCAAGUUGCUUCCUGAUACACCAUUUCAGAAAAGUGUGAGCUCUGGAAGCUUAACCUCAAUGGAUUGGGUACAUGGGACUAUGAUGAAGCCAAGUUUUCUUGAGAUUCCUGGUAUGGAUUUUGGUUCUGUUUAUGGCAUGCGGAGAGCAUUCAGUGACGGAGACAUUAAGGAACAGCCCGUGAUGAUCACCACCUUCCCUACUGAGGACCGCAGGGAAAAGCUUUCCAGAUACAGGAACAAAAAGACAAAGAGGAACUUUGGCAGAAGAAUCAAGUAUGCUUGCAGGAAGGCUCUUGCGGACAGUCAACCAAGGAUUCGUGGACGGUUUGCAAAGACUGAAGAACCAGACAUGUCAAGGAGGCAAGAACUCUUUAACUAAUUUGUUAAGAAGUAGAAGAACAGAAAUAAAACAGCUAGGUCUUAAGGAAGUGUAAUGCUAAGAAUGAGUGGUAGUAAAGCCUGGCAUAGAGAAUUAGUGGAAAGCCUAGAGAAGUAAUGCUAAAUAAACAAGAUCCCCCCUCCAACUCCUGCAGAAGUAGUCAAUCUCUUGUUAUCUGUAAUGACCUACCAAGUAAACUGAGAGGCGAGAGUAGUAGGAUUGUAUAUAAGGUUUGUUGAAUAAAACAAAGCCAAGAAUUCUGCCUGUUCA